AUGACCGGUGUUAAUCUAGGACUCGACCCCAGCAUAGGGAGCUUCUUCAUUGGUAUCCUAUUUUCGAUCACAUUCUAUGGCAUUACCAAUGCCCAAGUGCUCUUCUAUUACUGGGAGUAUCGGCAGGACAGAUGGUAUUUGAAAGCCAUGGUCGCCUGGUUAUGGGUCAUGGACACCGCAAACUCGAUAGUGGAAGUGAUGGUCAUAUGGGAAUAUCUCGUAACGGAUCACGGGAAUCCCCUGGGGCUCUUUGUGCUAUCAAAUUCUUUCCUUGCCGAAUAUGCAAUCGCGGCGAUCACAGUCCUUUUCGUGCAAUGCUACUAUAUGCGCAAUGUGUGGAAACUAUUGCAGAAGCGGUGGUAUCAAGUACCGCUUACGAUAACGAUGUUGAUAUUUGCUCUCAUUUCAUGUGCUUGCAGUCUUGCGAGUGUAUAUCUCGGGACUUUUGAUCGGGCAGUCCCCGAGAUUUUCGUCCAGACGAAAAUACCUGCAUCACUGCAAACAGUGUCCGCAUCAGUCACGGAUAUCUAUAUCACACUCUCUCUCACGCUGAUCUUGCGUGGAGAGAGGACUGGUUUCAAGCAUACGGAGACCUUAGUCCAUAAACUGACGGUCUACGCGAUCAAUCGCGGCAUCGUGACUACCUUGUUGCAGAUCUUCCAGUUGUGUACAUAUGUGUCUCUUCCUGACACGUACUUCGUAUGGGCCAUCUUCCACUUUCCAGGAAGUAAAGCAUAUGUCAAUUCGUUGCUGGCCAUGGUCAAUGCUCGUCACUACCUCAGAGAGAACAGCGCAAGAGCGAACCUCUCAACAGGGGUGUCCGUGCAAGACAUUCCGCUUGAUACGUUAGACCCUGAACAGCGUCAAAAAUCGUCAUGGUUCCGCAACCGCUCUACUCGCCAGGACUCGCAAUCGGCACAGGCGGUCAUCACACUCACGACGGAGGUGGUCUGCGAUGGUAGUGAGGUCGCUCUUCAAGAUCAACACAAGGGGACUGGUCGGAAGACGCCAUCGUUCUUCUAG